UUCAUUCGACCACCUGGAAACUCCCUGUUGAUAUUAUUGGAAGCCGCAACAUCUAAACGCACGUGUUAUUUCUAUUGAAGUCGUUUGUUUAUUAAAUAACAUUUAAUAAAAAAAACAAUGGAAACUACAUCCGUACCGGAUAUUUCUAACAUUCUAUCAAAAAUCGAGAAUGCUGAUAAUGUCAGCUUGUCAGAAGAGAUAAACACCAAAAAACAUUCGAAAAGCGCAAAAGCUAACGUUCAAAGUAAGGAACCAAUAAAAAAGCCGGAACAUGAUAUUCCCAGAGGCAAACCAAAAUCUGGCCGUAUUUGGAAAACGUCAAAAGAAAGAUUUGCGACCGUUAAAAAAUCCGUCAAAGGCAAACCCAUCAAGAAACACUUAGCGUAUCGGGAAGAGAUCAAACAGAUUAAGAAUCUGUCUCGUUCCAUCAAGGAAGAACGUAAAAUUCAGAAUGAGGAGAAAAAGCAACGCAGCGAAGAAAAUAAACGCCGACGUCUGGAAAACGAGCGGAAGUCCGAAAUUGUACAGAUAAUCAAAAAUCCUGCCAAACUCAAACGAAUGCGGAAGAAGCAACUUAGACAAAUAGAGAAACGAGAUCUCGACAAAAUAAAAGUAGUUUAAAUUUGUAA